AGUAGGAGCCGGAGCGCGUCCGCCAUUGUGGGAAAGCCCGGAGCCCGGAGUAGAGGUGGGAAGUCGUGCUGCGUCCGGCGGGUGGCUUUGGGAGGCGCUGACCAGGACAGGAGGGUCCGGGCAGCGGAGACAAUCAGCCAGCGGCGGAGGGGAGAGUAGAGGAGGCGGAAACAGCGACCACGACGACCUGAGGGAGAGAAGGAGGAGGCCCAAGCGGAGCGGGGUGAGGGGGAUUGCGGCUCCCCGUGAAGAAUGUCAGCCACCAGCGUCGAUCAGAGACCUAAAGGACAGGGAAAUAAAGAUAUUCUAUUAGAAUGAAUUGUACCAAUUUUGUUUCAGUGCAAAACGGUUCAAUUCAUCAAAAGGAUGCAGUAAAUGAUGAUGAUUUUGAGCCAUAUCUGAGUAGCCAGACAAAUCAGAGUAAUAGCUAUCCACCAAUGUCAGACCCAUAUAUGCCUAGUUAUUAUGCUCCCUCCAUUGGUUUUCCAUACUCUUUGGGUGAAGCAGCAUGGUCCACAGCUGGAGAUCCUCCAAUGCCAUACUUGACAACUUAUGGACAGAUGAGCAAUGGUGAACACCACUAUAUCCCUGAUGGUGUAUUCAGUCAACCUGGGGCUUUAGGGAAUACUCCUCCGUUUCUUGGUCAGCAUGGAUUUAAUUUUUUUCCUGGGAAUGCAGAUUUCUCUACAUGGGGGACAAGUGGAUCUCAGGGGCAAUCAACCCAAAGCUCUGCUUAUAGCAGCAGCUAUGGCUACCCACCCAGCUCUCUCGGUAGAGCUAUAGCCGAUGGACAGGCUGGAUUUGGCAAUGAUACUUUGAGCAAGGUACCUGGAAUUAGCAGCAUUGAGCAAGGUAUGACUGGAUUGAAAAUUGGUGGUGAAAUGACAGUUGCUGUAACAAAAACAGUUGGAUCAGCUCUAACCAGUACAGGUAUGACAAGCAUUGCAGCGAAUAAUGUGCCUGCAGUCAGCAGUUCAGCACCUAAACCAACCUCAUGGGCUGCCAUUGCAAGAAAGCCUGCUAAGCCUCAGCCAAAACUUAAACCUAAAGGUAAUGUGGGAAUUGGGGGCCCUGCAAUACCGCCACCACCUAUAAAACACAACAUGAAUAUUGGCACUUGGGAUGAAAAAGGGUCGGUGGUAAAAGCUCCUCCAACCCAACCAAUGCUGCCUCCUCAGACUAUAAUUCAACAGCCUCAGCCUUUAAUUCAGCCACCUCCUAUGGUGCAAAGCCAGCUGCCUCAGCAGCAGCAGCCACCGCCACAGUCACAACAGCCUCAAGGACCUCAGCAACAGGCUCAGCCUCAUCAGUUGCAGCAGCAGCAACAGCAACAGCUGCAAAAUCGCUGGGUGGCUCCUCGCAAUAGAGGUGUAGGCUUCAAUCAGAGCAAUGGAGCUGGCAAUGAAAACUAUGGUAUAGGUGUUAUACCAGUUAGCUCUUCACCAUCUGGUGUGGAAGUACACCCAGUUUUGGAGAAAUUAAAGGCCAUAAACAACUAUAAUCCCAAAGACUUUGACUGGAACCUGAAGAAUGGUCGUGUGUUUAUAAUAAAAAGUUAUUCAGAGGAUGAUAUACAUCGUUCCAUUAAAUAUUCUAUCUGGUGUAGUACUGAACAUGGUAAUAAGCGCUUGGAUGCUGCGUAUCGUUCACUGAAUGGAAAAGGCCCACUCUAUUUACUUUUCAGUGUGAAUGGCAGUGGACACUUCUGUGGAGUGGCUGAGAUGAAGUCGGUGGUGGACUACAAUGCAUAUGCUGGAGUCUGGUCUCAGGAUAAAUGGAAGGGGAAGUUUGAUGUUAAAUGGAUCUUUGUUAAAGACGUUCCAAACAACCAGCUGCGGCACAUUCGCUUGGAAAAUAAUGACAACAAACCAGUUACCAAUUCAAGGGACACUCAAGAAGUACCCCUAGAAAAAGCCAAGCAAGUGCUUAAAAUAAUUGCUACUUUCAAGCAUACCACCUCAAUCUUUGAUGACUUUGCACAUUAUGAAAAGCGUCAAGAGGAGGAGGAAGCCAUGCGUAGGGUCAAUUUGGCCAUCUCAACAAGUUUUUAUCAUCUUCGCCUACCACUCCUCAACUGAGAGGAAUAGAAACAAACAAUAACUAUAUGGAGACGAUCCUGCUAGAAUUACAACACUAAUGAUGUAGACUCUGGAAAUGCCUAAUAUGUCUAAGAAGACGUUAUUAAAGCUUUGGUCCUGCUUAAGGUGACAUCUUUGAACACUUUAACACAAAAUUGACUCUUCUUGUAAUGGUUCUCAUCAGUGCAUCUGCCCUUAUACUCUCUCACCAAACACACUUGAGAACUGUAACUUCGUCAAGCACUUUCUGUCCUGAAGCUUUUACCAGUAUCUGCUGUCUUUUGUAAUUAUGCAUCCUAGCUAAGGCACAGGAGAUGGAACGAAUGCAAGGAUUCAUUAACUCUUUGAAUUUGUUAAAUACUAACAAUUAACCAUCAUAAGUGGUUCAAUGAUGUGAGAUUCACAUUGCUUCAAUUUAUUUUUCUUUGAUGUAGUUUUUUAAUUGUCAGUUUUUUUAGCUAUUCAGCAGAAUUUCAAGCAAAAUCAUGCCAUAUUUAGUCCUGGAGUAAAAUUCAAGUCUAAAUGUUCAUGUGAAAAUUAUUGUAGUAAACUUUUAAUAUGGCAAAGCAACUUUGAGCUACAGUUUAGCCAAAAGAAUUAUAACAUGAAAUUAUAUUAGAAUGUCAUUUCCUUUGUUUCAAACUGUUUGGUGUAGAGAAUAUUAAUAUAUGCAGCUUGGUGGGCCGCACCAGUUAAUGCACAUUUCUUCCCCCCCCCCCCCCGUAAUAUGUAUACCAGAAGAAGUGUGUUUGUCUGAGGAAAUGUUUGUUUGCUACACUCAAACUCAAUUUUGAGUACAUGUACCUCAGUCUAAAUCAGACUUUUUAUGACUUUAUAACAACACUUAAAAUCUUUAAUUCCUAUUUCUGGGUGUUUGCAAACCUGAAAAGAUUGCUAUCAUGGAAGUGAAAAUUUAUUCCUCAAAGUGAUUCACUAGCUAAAUAAACUUUAUUCUUGUUUUAGCAAGCAUAUAUUCAGUUUCUCAGAUUUUGUUUGUUCCCAAUUCUGAAUAUAAUAGUCUGCUAUUUUUCAGUUCAAAAUACUUUGGGAAAUAAAACGUUUAUUCAUGGUUUCAGUUUGUAUGCUCUCAUGGCUGUGUUUACAUGUUACUUAUUAGUACUAUAUAAUAAAAGCCUAGGAAUCAUAAUCACCUGAAUAUUUUCUAUGCUACUUUUUAAAAAUUAUUUGAAAACUUUACUUGUGCAUCAAUGUAAAUAGUACUGUUUGAAAGCAUAAUAGCUAUAUUUAUAUAAAAACAGCUGCACAGUGGCAUCAAGCUAUGUUAUUCUUUUAGAACAGUGAUGGGCAAAACAGGUACAAAAACAUCUUUAAAAACCUAUUUGGGAAUUCUUAACUGUAAAUCAUAAAUGUUUACAUAAUUUUGGGAACUCUUCAUUAGUUUUAAAACUUGCUGUGGUGGUUAGAAUUACAUUGAAAUGUUAUUUUUGUACCAUGCAUAUAUAUAAAAAUUGGGUAGAUAGCAGUUUUGAUUAAAAAGGCUUUAUUUUGCCAUUAUGCUUGAAAACAGCCUUGUACAGGUAAUCCUCAGCUUACAGCCAUUUGUUUAGCACUGUUUGAAGUUAAAACAGCAGUGAAAAAAGUGACUUAUAACCAGUCUUCACUUACAGCCAUUGCAGCAUCCUCACCAUCACAUCAAAAUUUGGGUAUUGGCAACUACUAGCAGGCAGUUGCCAACAGUUGUGCUGUCUUGAGGUCAUGCAACCAUCAUUUGCGACCUUCUGACCAACCUUCAGCCAAGUCAAUGGAAGAAAUGAAAUUAGCAUAAUGUCUUGACUACUGCAUGAUUCCCUUAACUUUGGUGUGGCCAAAAGAUCAAAAAAAAAAAAAAAAAAAAAAAAAAAAA